AUAUAUAUGAUAAUGAUAAGUUACAUCAGUUACAUGAAACAUUUCAAUCAAUUGUAGUACAUCUACUCAGUGACAAUGAUUCCAAUGUUAAGAGAGCAUUCCUAACCCACAGUGCUGGGAAAUUAUGCACUUUCUUUGGAGCUCAAAAAGCUAAAGAGGUUAUACUAUCACACAUGAUCACAUUUCUGAAUGACAAAAGUAAUUGGGAGCUCCAUAUAGCAUUCUUUGAGGCAAUUGUUGAUGUGGUUAGUCAAAUUGGUGAGAGAAGUUUAGAUGUUCUUGAGGCUUUAUUGCAACAGGAUUCGAAUGUUAAGAGAGCAUUCCUAACCCACAGUGCUGGGAAAUUAUGCACUUUCUUUGGAGCUCAAAAAGCUAAAGAGGUUAUAUUGUCACAUAUGAUCACAUUUCUGAAUGACAAAAGUAAUUGGGAGCUCCAUAUAGCAUUCUUUGAGGCAAUUGUUGAUGUGGUUAGUCAAAUUGGUGAGAGAAGUUUAGAUGUUCUUGAGGCUUUAUUGCAACAGUUCUCAAGUCAUUGAAGGAGUCGAAGUUUUGAGAGAGUUAAAAACAGCAUCAAGAGGAGGAGAAGG